AUGUCCCAUUCCAAUCUCGAUCUAGUCAAUCAGUGCGAUGGCUUCCCCUAUCCCGAGUCCAACACGGAACGCUAUCUCGCCAGCAUAACGACUUACUACCAACUACGCGUCUCGGGCCAUGAUUAUGCCUUGGGCUACAUGCUCCCCUCAGUUGCUGAAGUCUUCCGCGGCAUUCCAAACUGGGAACUAAACGAUGACGAACGUACCUUGACACUCACCGGCGGGAAGAAUGCAGAGGAGCGGUCGAAAGCGGUCGAGACGACGCUGUUGGCCAUGAAGGAGACUGGGCAUUUCAAGGUCCUGAGCAAGUGGAGAGGAGAAUUGUACGCUGUGUAUGGGAAAGGGAAAGAACUCUUGUUCAAUGUCGAACGGAGUGCGAGUCCGCUAUUGGGCGUCGUCACAUACGGUGUGCAUCUAACAGCUUAUACAAACAAAGACGGACAGCUGAAGAUCUGGACACCACGGCGCGCACGGACAAAGCAGACAUAUGGUGGCCUGCUCGACAAUGCCGUGGCAGGUGGCAUCGCAUCUGGAGAAUCCCCCCUUGAGAGUUUAGUAAGAGAAUGUGGAGAGGAAGCGUCGCUGCCUGAAGAGCUGGUCAGAUCAAAGGCCGUUGCUUGCGGGACAUUGUCGUAUUGGUACAUAAGGGACGAGAGAGCAGGCGGCGAGACAAAUCUCAUGCAACCGGAGUGCCAGUACAUCUACGACCUCGAACUUCCAGAGGGCACGACACCGAAGCCCGGUGAUGACGAGGUAGAAGAGUUCUAUCUGUGGUCAGUGGAAGAGGUGCAAGAGGCAAUGAAGAACGGCGAGUUCAAGCCAAAUUGCGCUUUGGUAGUGCUCGAUUUCCUCGUCCGACACGGCAUCUUGACAAGUGAGAACGAGACGGACUACAUUGAGAUUGUGAGUAGAUUGCAUAGAAGGCUCGAAUUUCCUACGCUCUAG